AGAAGUCAACACGAGUGGAUGCUACGCAGUUUAUUCGUUUCAAGGACAUUUUACACUGACAAAUUGGUUAAUAUGAAAACUUUGUGCUGUGCUUUAGAUUAGUGGAAAAGUGAAUCUUUUUUGGAUCAUCAGUUAAAACACGCAAAAGAAAACCCAGCGAAACAGAACCGCCAUCCACAAAACCACGUAACUUUAUCGCAAAAGAAGAUUUAGAAAACAAACAAACACGUAGACCACCAACACGCAACCUCACCAAUCGCUCCGUCAACAAGAAGAAAGUUCUAGAAGAAGCAAACAACGCAAAACUUCGAGAAAUCGAAAUUAGAGUCGAGCAUUGUACUACACUUUCUUUGCUCUGUCGUCAGAAACUAGAACGAGAGUUAGCUGAAGAACAGGCAGAGGAGGAAAAUAAUCACCCUGAGACACCACAACUGAGUCCCAUCAAUAAAUCCGAACCAGAACCGCCUACGUUACCGGACCCCAGUCCGGUUGACGGUGAGGUCAGCAAUGGGAGCAGCAACAGUAAUAGUGUCGAGUUAGUGAGUGUGAGUGUAGCUAGUGACAAUGUGCAAUGUGAAUCUAUGCCUACAGCGAAGGAAGUGGUGAAUGGUGAUUUAAACGAAAGUGAAGAGGAUUGUGUGAUAGUGGCUCAAACUAGGACAAUUAUAACGUCAAAUAAAAGAGUGGAGCAAGGGGAUUGCUCUAUUAGAGGUGACGAUGACGUGCCGUUGGUGUCGUCCUCGCCUUCUCCAUACGUCGUCCACAGAAUGGAUCUCGGCGGCGUCGUUGGAGGCGUUUCGGAUGCAUCGUCGGCAUCAUCAUCAGCAUCACAGUGCGCCGGUUUACUGCUGCGAUUUCCUGACGAUCGCUCGGAUUCGGGUGUGAGUUCAUUGCGUUCAUGUAUCAGCAAUAGUGGCGAUGAGCGAUCUGGAUCAAGAUCGAGUGCUCUAAGUUCUACCGACGAACCAACAAGUAGUUCUUUAAGUUCUUCGUCAUCGUCAUCAUCGAGCAGUAGCAGUAGUAGUAGCGGUAACGGAGGAAACAAUAUCAACGUCGGCGUUGGCAGUAACGUCGCUGUUGCCUCGUCAGUAUCGCCACAGUCCUUAUUAACGUCAGUAUCCAUCUCGUCUUCUACAGCGGGUGGAUUACAACAAAGAUCCCAUAACAGAUCUCCACUAUACAUCCCCGCUUCAACUUCAACUGUACAACAGAGACAUCACGAAGUAAGAAGCGAACCGGUAAGGGUCUGGAGAGACCCUAACCUGUUGCUAGAGGAGCCGCAUGUUCGGCACAUACAUAGCGUUCAGCAUCAGUCGCUACUAAUGUCACACUCUAAUACCCCAGCCAGCGCGUCAGCCGGCCCGCCGCCCCCCACGUCGUCAGUCGCGUCAGUAGCUGCUGCCGCCGCAGCUGCGGCUGCUCAACACCCAUCAGCCAGUGCCCUUGGCGCCUACCCCGUACCCCCACCACCCUCAUUAAUGGCUCCCCACGUGCCGCUCGCCAGUCACCAUCCGCAUCUAGCUGCAACUCAUGCCUUGUAUCACCACACGGCUCCAUUCACAGAAAUGCUGUGGAAAAGUAGUCCGAGAACACAUUCUGCUUAUGGAGUACCCACCCAUAUGCUAGCGGCUGCUCAACAGGGCGGUCAUUCUGCUGGUCAAGUUACGUCUCCUGAAGAAAUGCUUGCGGAAAGGGCUCUCGCUUUACAAGAUAGAGAAAGGAUGUACAGAGAAAGGCAAAACCAGGAGAUGGAAAAACAGAAGGAAAAGGAAAGGAUAGAAAGGGACAAACAGGAGAGGGAAAAACUUGAGCGAGACAGACAGGAAAGGGAGAAAGAAUUAGAAAAAGAACGACAAGAACAGGCUUUGCACAACCAUUUUGAAAAGUCUCUUAGAGCAGCUCAGCCAAAGAGGGAGCCUUGGAAUCCUAUAACGGGUAGACCUACUCAACCUAGGACGUCCAGUAUGUCUGAAGACGAUAGAAAGCGUGUUGAGGAGAUGCACCACCAACAGCAACAGAGACAUAUGUCUGUUAGGGAUAACCGGGAUCAUAGGUCAUAUUAUGCACCCGUUCAAAGGACAACCACCAGUAUACCACCUCCUCCUCCUGCGCAUCGAAGUGUUCCCUCUAAAUCUAGCAUAGAAAAAGUCCCUGCCAUAUCAGUACAUCAAACCAUGCCUAAAACUGAGCUAAAUAUUUAUGGUUAUCACCCAUCCCUUCACUCACAAAAUACCUUUUUUGAACCAAAGAUAAAAUCUGAAAUGCACAAAACACAGACAGGAGGUUUGGUUGUUACCAAAACUGGUCAAUUAGACAGAGAUGGUACAGCAAUGGUUAGCGAAUUAAAAAAUUCUGUGAUUGUCAAACAUGAAGCAAAGAACCCCCAUCACCUAGAAAGCAGGGUAUCAGUUGCUCAUUCUCCUAGUCCCAAAUUGAGGAAUGAGAUGUUAGGACAUUAUCAGUGUCCUACAGGACAAAAAAGUAUUUACGAAUACAGAAGUCCAAAUCAGUCACCACACUUAUCUUCUCAUACAUCUAGUCCUCACCAUCAUGUUGAAGCGCAAAAUCUGGGAAAGGCAGCCAGUCAUCACAGGCCUACCAGUAGUCAUGUCUCAAGCCCACAUCAUCAAAGACAAAGUCCGCACCAGCAUCCGCAUAGUCAACCUCAUCAAAAUCCUGAGAUGAGGUACCGUGCAGGAUCUGAAAAUCAAGCAAUGCUGUACCAAACAUCUGCAAAAGCAAGUUACCCAUUUACGACGGCAGGCUAUACUAUGAUCUCCUCUGCAACACCUACUGUUGCAAACUCAAAACCGAAAGUUAGCAGUCCUGCACCUCAUCAAAUUUUCGGAAAACCUCCUAUAGGUGGCAGUUCCUCAAUGAUACCAGUAACGCGACCAUCACAUGAGAACACUUCUCCAAUAUCGUUGACUGCUAAACCACCACUAUCUUCAUCCAUUUCACCUUCACCUUAUCAACAGGUAUCACAAUAUCAUCCACUUCAUAACCAGCCGCCUGCUGUUAUGAACUGUCCACCACCUCCUGCUCAUAGUAGGACACCUAUAACCACAUCUGGUGUUGUGGAUCGAUUUGAUAGAUCUACACCGGGCUAUGUACCUGCUGGACUUUCAGUAAAAUUAGUUGGACCAGGAACGUCACCACCUACUGCUACAUCGGCACCUUUACAAAUAUCUAGAACACAUCCACAAUUUCAACCUAAUAUGGUCGGCAUUUCUCAGGUGCAGACUCAACCUCUAGACUUAGGUGUUAGUUCAAGUAAAAUGGAGAACUAUCAGGCAGUUUCGCCAAAACGAAAAUCAAGUACCCCACUGAGCAUACCAGGUGAUCUAGGAAAUCCAGUCUGUCUAGAUGUAAAGAAGCGGAAGAUCGAGUUGGGACCUAGUGUAUCACCAAUGGGAACAAGUCUCUCACCGAUGGGUACCAGCGCGUCUCCACCCACGUUGAAUAUAUUUAGUAAUUCUUCUAUUCAACCACAAUUAUCAAGAGUUACUGAGCCCAGUCCGUUAAUAGCUAGUGCUGCUACAACUAUUACGACUGUGGUAAAUACUGCGGCGUACAGGACACCACCGACUACAAUGAUAUCACAAACACCUACAGUACUACCUGAGAAUCUACCGGAUGUUAGUGUAACAGCAGUUACAAUUGAACCUCCGCGACCAAUUUCUAUAGGUGAUCAAAGUCCAAAACCACCUACACCAACUGUCCCAGCGAGCAAUAGUCCGGCGCCAGUUAGUACAGCUUCAACCCCCACACCUCCUACUAGUGUAACACCAGGACCGACUGACGAACAACCAGGUACGCCGGUUAAAGUGAACCCUAGUGUGAUCGACUCUGAAAAGUCAAAUAGUCCUGGACCAAUCAAAAGUUCAUCUAGCGGUAGUUACCCAGUGAGACAUUUGAAGAAAGCAUGGUUACAGAGGCACACUGGUGAAGAUGCCGAAGAUACAACGGGCGUUGUCGGAUCUGGUAGUUGUGUAACAUUACCAUUAAAUAUAAAAACAACAACACCACCUCCUGCUCCCGUUAGAGAAAAUCCAGUUAACUCAAUACAUUCGAUAGGUACAAUGGCAGUAAACAGUAUAAGUAAACCUAAACACUUUUCCAACAAAAAUGCUAACAGAAAAGUUGCUAAAGAAACUACAGUUAAUGGCGAUACAAAAAACGACGAUUCAUCAAGUAGUGAUCAAGACAGAGGCAGAAACGAAAGCGGAAGCGACAGCGAAAAAGAAAGCGGGAGCGACAAAGACUCAGACUCAGGAGCGAGCGGAUCAGCGCACGCCAAAAAGUCAGUAAACUUGGUGGGAAAAGAGCAACGAAAACGUGGUAGAAAACCAAAGGGUCAAAAAAACGAUAAAAGCGAGGAGCCACGACCGAAGAAAAUCAAAGAGGAAGAUAUUCAGCCCCAGCGUGACCCCUUUCGCAAACCACCAGUGGGGCAGUUAAAGAAGACUGGGGAGAGCUUUUUGCAAGAUGGUCCGUGUUUUGAGGUUGCACCGAAAUUAGCCAAAUGCCGAGAAUGUAGAUGGACUCCCAAUCAACGUUCUAAGAAUAUGGCUAACAUAUUUUGCAGAUUUUAUGCAUUUAGACGAUUGAGGUACACCAAGAGCGGACAACUUGCCAUUGCAGGAUUCUCUGAUCCACACAAAGAUGCUUUAGAGGAGGAUGUCAGGCUGUGGCUCCCAAAUGCAGAGAAUGCACCAGCAGAUCUAGAUCUAGAAACGUCCAGGUUUUUAUUAAAACAAGUUGGUGAUCAUUUUUGUGAUUUGUUAGUACAAGAAAAAGAAGCUCAUUCAGAGCAUUUGGCUGAUGAUAAAACUGUAGCGUGGAAGAGAGUGGUGCAAGGUGUUCGAGAAAUGUGCGAUGUAUGUGAAACGACGUUGUUCAAUUUUCAUUGGGCUUGUGGAAAAUGUGGUUUCGUUGUGUGUAUAGAUUGUUAUAAGGGUCGCAAACGGGGAACGGUUAAACUAUGGGUAGAAGCCAAUAAAGAUCGUGAUGAAUACUCCUGGUUAUUAUGUACAAACCGACAAGUACAUGAACAAGAAAAACUAAUGCUAACUCAAAUAAUAGCUGGAGAUUCUUUAAUUAAAUUAGGGAAGAUGGUUCACGAGAUGAGAGAAUUGUGGGACAUCGAGCAAUUUUGUGAAUGUCCAGCAUCUAAAGAAGUCAAGAACAAUAAUCAACAGGUCAAGGAAGUCGUCAAGGCCCUAUUAGGCUAUUAUAAUGUUAAUGGGGUGAAGAAAAAGAUUAAAGAAGAACGUGAUUCAGGUCCUGACCACGAAAUCAAAAAAGAAGUCAGCAGCAGUGACGAUGAAGGCAAUUUCUCCACUCUAAGGGAACUACUCAUCCGACCAUCUCACAAACCAAAUGGCUCGAGAGCCGCUUCGCCUAUAAUUAAAAAUGAAUCUAAAAAGAAAAUAUCACCUUCAAAAGCGUCUGAUCUGGUUGACGAUGCUAUAGCGAGUGUUAUAGAGGACAGUGUAGCUCAAAAUCCAGCCGAAUCUAGAGAGCUGAAGCAUUACAUCAGGAGGUACCAUUGGCAACAAAAAGGAAGGGGGCAGUUACCUAUAAGGAUAAUGACCUUGACCGAAAGUAAAUUGAUGUAUCCUAAUACUCCACACAGUUGGUUGUGCGAUGGAAAACUUUUGAGGUUGAGCGAUCCUAGCUCUUUGGAGAAUUACAAAAUUUUUCAAGAUCAGUGGGGACGUGGUCAACCCAUAGUCGUUUCAGAUGUAACGCGAACUUUCAAUGCUGAGCUGUGGACUCCGGAAUCCUUCGCUCGGGACUUCGGAGACGAGAAAAACGAUCUAGUCAACUGCAUGACAGGAAAAGUGUUGCCGAAUCAAACGAUGCGCAAAUUCUGGGAAGGAUUCGACCAUUUCACCAAGCGUUUGAAAGAUGAUAGAGGCCAAGCGAUGUUGCUCAAAUUAAAAGACUGGCCACCAGGUGAAGAUUUUGCAGAAGUGUUGCCUACAAGAUUUGCAGAUCUCAUGAAAGUGCUACCUUUGUCUGAAUAUACACGACGAACUGGGCGAAUUAAUCUAGCUAGCAGGUUACCGGAUUGUUUCGUACGUCCUGACCUGGGUCCAAAGUUGUACAUUGCUUAUGGUUCACCUCUUCAUCCAAGUAAAGGAACCACAAACCUCCAUCUUGACAUUUCCGAUGCUGUCAACGUCAUGAUGCAUGUAGGUAUUCCCAAAGAUGUUGAUGCUGAUGAGAAUAUUAAAGAAGUAUUCCGCUCCAUUGAUGAGGCUGGUUGUGACAUAUUAACGCGAAGGCGCGUUAGAGAUAAAGGAGGAUUACCUGGAGCACUUUGGCACAUUUAUAAUGCUCGAGACGCUGAUAAGAUACGGGACUUGCUAAAUAAAGUGGUGAUUGAAAAAGGAGGACGACUAGAACCAAACAAUGAUCCAAUUCACGAUCAGAGUUGGUACUUGGACGGACCGCUGAGGGAAAGGCUGUAUAAGGAAUACGGCGUGGAAGGUUAUGCCAUUGUACAAUGUAAAGGGGACGCUGUGUUUAUUCCAGCAGGAGCACCGCAUCAAGUUCGGAACUUGCAUAAUUGUAUUAAGGUGGCUCAAGACUUCGUUUCGCCGGAGAACGUAGCUCAUUGCUUCCACUUGACACAGGAAUUCCGUGAUCUAACAGAAACCCAUUCUAAUCAUGAGGAUAAACUUCAAAUUAAGAAUAUUAUCUAUCAUGCCGUGAAAGACUCACUCUCAACACUAAGUGCAAUAAUAAACAGCCACAUAAACGUAAAAGGCGAAAAAGAUAUCAAAUCUGAAAAGGAUAUAAAAACGGAGAAAGAUGUAAAAAGUGAAAAAGAUUCUUCCAGCAGUGACCGAAGUAACGGUAGUACUUCAAAUGAUGCCAAAUCGGACUGAAUUUUGUGGCAACCUGAAUUUUAUUGUGAUAAUAGUAGACGCGAUUAUCUGUUCAUUAAAAGAUAAAUGUAGACAGUAUAAAAAGAAUUGACCGAAAUGCUUUUGCCGCCAUUACAAAUACUGUAACAUUGUGAAUCUAUAAAUGUGUGAUAUUGACUCUUAGGGGUGCGAGACGAAAAACGAGGAGUGUCGAACAUUCUCCCCCGUUUUUGCUACAUUCCUGAAGACGUUUUUAAGUGUUUUGAGCGUUUUUCCUGUUGUUUUUCCUUUUUGUAUAUACUUGUACAAAAAUGUGCCUGUUAUUAAGUUUUUUUGAAUGAUUUUAAAUGCUGAAUAUGCACGGUUUACCUUCCUGUAUGUAGAGACUAGUGGCCAUUAGGCGAAUCCCGACCUGUACUUUAUUCUAUUAUACACUCUUUUUUGGUUGUUUGAUGUACGCCAGUCGGCCUUUUAUCGUGUAUAACUUGUCGGACAAGCCGCAGAAGUAACCACAAGUCAGUCAAAUUUGAUGUUUGAAAUUCAAAUUGUAAAAUGUAAUCGUGUGCGGUAAACAUUUCAUACAUUUUUUAGUACUACUACGUAAUAAGGAACUCUUAUCUUUAAAAGGUGGUUGUUAUAAAACGUGGAAUAUUGUUAUACUAAAUAAUCUGGAUAGACUCAGCUGGUACUUAAUGAUUAAUUCGUUUUAUAAAUAAAUCACUUUCCAAUUUGUUUAACACACGCGUUCAGUUUAAUAAAUUUGUACGUUUGACAAUGUCUUUAAGUGAAAGUCAACUAUUGAAAUUUCUUUCUUCACUAAACAGUGAUUUUUGUUUAGGUUUAGCAUCUGUUGUUCUAUUUUUUUUAUAAUGCAAGAUAACUUAACAAAUGUUUCGUAAAACGGACCAGCCCGUUCCCUUACCUUUUUCCUCUUUUAAAUUUUCUUUAUUUGCGUUGUGUUUGAACUAGACGCAUUAGCGCAACUACGACCACAUUUCAGAUGUUCCAUUACCUGUUUGUUUGUCUCUCUGGUGAUAUUAGUGCUUAUUUUACUUAACUAAUUUCUUAUUCUGUGCUUAUAAGACCAGAUAAUAGUUUUUAACACUUUUUUCUUUUGUCCUAAGUUCUUGGACAGUAAGCCAGAUUUUGCUACCACCUUAUAAAGUACUAAAUUAAAAAUUUCUAUCAUUUCAGAGUUUGUGUAAAAAUAUUACAAGAUGAAAUUCUUACCGCACUAUAACUACUGUAAAAAGUGUACUUUAUUCCUUUUAAGUAUUUGUAUAUCUGUGAUUUUACACUAAAGUAUAUGUGGCUAAUUUCUGCUGUUGCUGCACAAGGCCUUUGUAUAUCAAUGUUUAAAAGUACCAAUGGUUAUUUUUCAACUAAUUGUAUACUGUGCCUGUCAAAAAAGAGAAAAUAUAAUGGUAUUUUUAGCAGUCCGCUAUUCAGUAUUCAAUGUGGGUAAAAAAAUGUUCAGACUUUAUAAUAGAUAGAAGCGGGUAUAUGUGUAUUUAGAUUCAUUCAUAUUGCGAACAGUUCCGAUUGGGCACCGCGAAAACCACGCUGUAAUUUUUAUUAGUAUGAUCAUUUCACAAACUGAAUGCAUCUACCUACACACUUAUCUAGAAGAGUGUUAGAAUUAUGCAAAAGAGAUGUUACUGAAUCCGGUAACAUGUGUAUUAAGAAAAAAAUCGAUUUUGUAACACCUCUAUUUUUGAGAAAACUUUAAAGUGCUAUUUCGAAGUGCCAAUUGAUUAUUUUAGGGGGAACGACGUAGCGAUUGGUUGGGUCAGCGGCGGGGCGAUCAACAUUUUGGGGGUAAUUGGUUGUUCGAUUUUGACUCGGCUUAGAGGGGGCGUCGCAAGUUAAAAAUGAUCUCGAUUUGUGUUUUUCUUUACAACGAUUAGUGUAAUUAAUGAUUCCACUUUUAGAGAUCACCUUUCGAGUUCUAUUUUGAAGUAAAGAAAAUAUAGAGUUUAUUUACAAAAAUAGGUGUCUUACGAACGUGACCUAAGUUUUUAAAAAAAAAUAUGAAAGAUUUAAAAUAUUCUAUUAAUAUACUAACUGUAAUUUUUAUUCUUAAACAUAUCUAAACAAAACAGAAAAGUCCAUUCACACAGAAAUGUUGACAAAACUAUGAGUUCAACACAAAACCUACAUUUAUCAUGUUAUGCGUUUGUGUAUGUAAAUGCUGCUUGCUCUAUUUAAUCUUGUUUAUGGCAUUAAUUAUAAUGUAAUUUCAAGUCCUUCUUUUUAUAAUAAUAAUAUAAUAUACAAUAUCACUCUAAAUCGUGCUUAAGUCCGGAAUUUGCACCUAACGUGUCUAGCUCUACGCCUACUUAAUCUACAUUACAUAAAUUCCUUUGACCUACCAUCGAGGAAAGUAUUUCAUUUUUAGACUCGAUGUACAUCCGAUGGAGCCAAAUGUGGGGAAUAGGCGGGUUUGUUCUAACACUUUAUAGUGCAAAUCAACUUAUCCUCACUGCCAAAACAAAAUUGUUUUCACAUCCAAAAACACCAACGCCAAGAUCUUUCGUCGGAAGUGAAAAACCAUUGUUUGAUUUCGGUUUAAUCUCGCUAAACGCAUUUCGAAAUUUUUUUGCGAAUACGCUUGUAAUCCUUAGUGAGUAUAUGUAGCAUUCAUCUUUCGUAAAGCUGUUUUAUGUUCAAAUCGUGGUGAAAGAUGUGCCGAUCUUACAAAAUUUCUUUCUCUAUGAAUUCUCAUCUACUUGCAGUUUUUAGACGUCCUUCAAUCGGCACUUACCAAAUAGUAGUGAUUUGAAGACAAUUUGCUCACCUCUCACUUCAUACAGAUUCCAAACGAAAUGAGCAAAUUUAAAGAUGAUAAUAUUCCUGUUGUUAUUGCAAUCAAUCCAUAUCAAGUUUUAUUGUUUGCUCAUGGAUUUACACACCUAAUCCUAACAUUUUCAUCACUCGGUUCAUCUUUUUAAUCUGAACAUAGGGAGUCACCUGAACUAGAAAAACAUUAAAACCUCGAACAUGAACAAUUCGAAAAAACCUUUUUAAACUUCAGUAUGUUACCUACAUCAAACGGAAAACAUUGUCUUAAAAAUGCUAAAACAUGUAUUCACCUUUUUUUUCCAUCAAACAAUUGUUCUAUUUUGACAAAAUAUGUGAACAACAAACAUACAAACCUGAUUUAUUUAGAACAAUAUUUGAUAUUUUAACUUACAAAUAUUU